ACCAUCAAUCGCAUGCAGGACAUGCAAGAGUCACUAAGAUCAAAAGAAUGAAAUCGGCACACACAUGGGCGAAUGUUGUCUUGAAAACAUUGGUUGACAGCGCUUCACUAUAUAGGUACGAGAACAAUGGUCGAAAACCCACCAAUGGAGACACAGACCCAGCGCAAAUCCCAGAAUUCCCAACUGAAGAUCAGCAUUCUCAGAAUUCUGUGAUCAACACCAGUGAGCCUGAAACUGGAGGUGAAGACCAAACAUUUAGUUCAUCAAAUUUCAGGAACAUGAAUUGCACUGAUUAUGAUAUUAAACAGUAAAUUCACGCUAAAUGCAGCUACAAAAUCAACCACAACUUUCCUUUCUAGUUUCUAGCCUGAUUAUUAUGAGCAUUGCUCUGAAGUUUUCCUUCUCUCUAAUGAACAGAGAAAGCCAUACUAGUUGCAACGCAUAUGGGAAUAACUGACAUGGUGGACAAGUUUAUGAAGGCAUCCCCAGCCGUAAAUCGAGAGUUAGACAUGGAGAAUGAAAAUCUUGUCCUUGUGUCAUACAAGAAGGAAAAUCUACCUCAUCUUGGAUCAGUGAGCAAGGAAACCCCAAUACUGAUAGCAGCAAAGAUGGGAGUCAAAGAAGUAGUGCAGAAAAUACUGGAAACAUUUCCUAUUGCUAUUCAUGAUCAGGACAUUGAUAAUAAGAAUGUUGUGCUCUUGGCUGUAGAGAACAAACAUGUCCAAGUCUUUAAAUUGCUUAAGGAGAAGGUUAUACUGAAGGAGAGUGUGUUUGGCCAAGUAGACAAAGAUGGGAACAGCGCAUUGCACCUAGCUGCAACUUUUGGAGAUUCUCGACCUUGGCUUAUACCAGGAGCUGGCCUGCAAAUGCAGUGGGAACUCAAGUGGUACAAGGUAACUUUACAUAGCUAUAUUCUGGAGGUUGGCUUCCCGAGAUUUCUGUUUCCUAUAAAAGUACUUAAAAGAAAGGACUAGUUCAUAGUACAUUUUCUAGAGUUGGAGCACUUGCACCUUCAGGGUUAUUUUUAGCCUACCCAGAACCAUAACAUUAGUUCAGAACCCUUAACAUGAUCUGGAAGGUUAAGAAGACUCUGUUAGGUCCCAGUUGAACAGAGAACAUAGACCUUCAACCAAUAAUACGGGUCUUUGGGGUAAGAACGAAACAUCAAGUGUCUUCUUAUGGAGAAAAAGAGCACAAGUUUUCUUCACUUCUUUCCUUGAUUCACAUUUGAAGUAAAGUUAUACAUAUAUAUAGCCGGUCAAUGACUUGAUACUUACUCUAACUAAAAGCAGAAGCUAUUUCUAAUACAAUCAAAACUAAAUUGUCUGCUAGAAC